AAGGCUUCUCUUUCAACAGCACUGCCUGCUCAAUAAGGAAACUGACUGAGUGUCAAGUACAGAGUGUGUGUGAAAUCAAAACACGAGGAGGAAAAACAACCAUCACCAAGGAUAAAAAAGUUUUGUAUAAGGGCAGGACAAUCUUCAGUGGAGAACACAGUAUCUCAACUCACUUUUGGAUAUGGCGGAGUGGAGAGGAGAUAGAAGAAGCCUUUCACCUUCAGGAUUCUGGAGUGAGCAGGAAUGGGACGCUGACCCGGGCCGUACUUCUUUCUGGCGCACUUUUAGUCCCCUCGCGCUCUCAGGUCUUGACUUGUGGGAUAGUAGAUCUCUUCUUAAUGCUCGGAAAUCUCCAGCAUGGAGUUGUGUGGGAUUAUCUGGAUUGACUGAGCGCUCAAAAAUUAGCACCAGCACUCUUGGCAGCCAGAAACACAGGGGCUCCCUGGGCAUGACGAGAUGGUCAUCUACAUCCCGUCUGGCUCCAGAAGGAGCUCCUCGAUCACACUCUUCUGCUGAAGACUUUGAGCUCAGAGCUGCUCUGGAGGAGAGCAGCAUGAGGAGAGCAGAGCUCAUCCAGAGGCUCCGGGAGGCCAGAGGUCACCUGGAUGCUCAGACGGAGCUACUGAAAACCAAAGGAUGUCAGCUUCAACAAAGCCAGAGCAUCUCAACCGUCCUGGAGAUGAAGCACAAGCAGCUGUCUGAAGCAGUGAGUGCUCUUGAACAAGACAAGGAAGCUGCAGAACUCAGCCGAUUUGAGGAAAGCCGCCGUCGAGGAGAAUUACAUGAUAAAGUUCUUCAGCUUGAGUUGGACAUUUUAAAGAUGAGGUCUAACCUGGAGAGAAGAAGUCCACCCACUUCACCAAACCCUCAAAACUCUGCAAAAGACCAAACCCUCGGAGAGGGAGAGAGGCAGGUUGAGCAAGACAUAAGGAAGCUCAGAGAAGCUCUCAGAAAAGCAGAGGAGAGAACAGAUGACCUUGAGUAUGAGAAAGACAGCGCGUUGAGACAGCUCCACUCCUCUGAAGAGAGGAAACACGAGGCAAUUAACCAAACAGAAGAACUGGAACAAAAACUGAGCAGCUCCAUCCAGACCCAGAAAGAGCUAGAGGACCAGCUGAAUGAGUCCCGCAGCUGUCUGGGGCAAAUGGAGCUGGAAAAAAACCUGUUUUCCACUAAAACCCGGAGACUAGAAGACAAUCUGAAUGACUUAAAGGUCAAACUAUCCAGAGCUUUGAUGGACAAAGACCGUCUUGUCCAGGAGAAAGCAGAGCUUCACCAGAGGAUCCAGGCAUUAGAUCUGGAGUUGCAGAGAGAGCAGAGGAGCAAACAGGGCUUCACUGAGCAAGUGUGUGAGCUCCAUUCGGAGCUGUCUCAGGCUGAGAGCCAGACCAACAAGCACAAAAUGGAAGCCAUGUUGAUGAAGGAGGAGCUGCUUUCCAUUAAAGAGUUAAACGAAAAGCUGUCGUCUGAUCUGACCAAAGCUACAGAGAGACUACAGGCGACCCUUAACCAGCUUCACGAGCUGGGGGCAGAGAAACUGAUCCAAACCAAUCAGAUUGCGGCACUGGAGACUGAGCGCUUGCAGCUGAUAGGAGAGAAAGAGCAAUUGAGGAAAACAUUUGAUGAUGGACUUCAUGAGAAGAUGAUAGAGCUGGGAGAGAGAUGCUGCCAGCACAGAGAAUUGCAGGACAAUCUAGAAAAAGAAAACCAGACUCUGCAAUUGAAAUGUCAAGACCUGGAAAAAAAAUUCCAAAUCUUGGAGGCGGGGUAUAAACAUAAAGAGGAGGAGCAACAACAAAUGCGGGUGGGGUUUGAUCAGGAAAAGGAGGAGUUAAGGAAGCUGGCUGGUCACUGGAAUGAGAGAUGGAUGGAUGUGGCGAUGACAUUGUGCUCGACACAGGCAGAACUCGAUGAGCUCAAGAGUCAACAGCGAGUGAAUGACAACCAAGAGCCUAAAGUUUUGCGACAAAUAGAGCCUGAGAGGGACCAAAGCCAAGUGCAGCAGAGACUCACGGGUAGCUCUGUGUCUGAUGAAGUCGUGGAUGAAGAGUUGGUGCUGGUGAAGGUGAGGGACAAGCUGAAGAUCAGCGACACUGAGCUGGAGAAACAGUCUGCUCACCAUCAGGUGACACAACAGAUUGCUGAGGUCCAGAGGUUGGAGCAGCUUCUUGCAAAGAGAGAUCAGGAAAUUAAAGAAAAGGAUCAAGAUCUGAAGAACCUGGAGAUACAGAGGAUAACAGAGAAAGCAGAGGCUCAGAUCAAGAUAUCUGCCCUGGAGCAGGAGAUUUUUGGAUCUAAAGGUCUGCUGUCGAGAAAGGAAGCGGUCAGUGAAUGCAAUCCUGAGGACUUAGACUCGCUGAAGGCCCUGCUAGAAGAAAGCAGAAGGCGAGCAGAAACGCUUGAGCAGGAGAGAGACAGAGUUUUACAAAAACUGCAGGAUCUUGAGCCUCCCCAGCAGGGCAAAACAGAGAAAGGAUCUCCGUUAGAGACUAUAAAAAAGAAACCUGCGGGAGACCUUGUAGACCCAAACCAGCAGAGGAGGCUGGUCACCGAGCAGCUGAAAACUCUGUUCAAAGAGAGAGAGCAGAGUGGAGAGAGGUCUCCAGUUUUCACAAGAAGAUCUGGUUUGGUCGACAGCAGGGUCCAAAAUGCUAAAGGUACUAAGAACUGGAAUGCUGUUGACACAUUAAACCAUCAGGGAAGAAAAACACAGAAACUGGAGCAAGGUCUCCAGCAGGGGGCAGCAAAGAGAUCUUCAUCCCAGAUGUCAUUCUCUCAGGGGGGAUCAACGAGGUCAGAGGAAGGGGAGGAGCAGAAACAGCCCACCAAUCUGAAGGACCACAGCAAGACAACCCAGCCAAAGUAAUAUCUCCUCAACCAAACUUACAACAGGACAGAUUUCUCCUGGGCUGCAGUGAUGGAACGUUCCUUGCAAGGCAGGUUGAGGUUUGUGACUCAGAUUGGGAAGAUAUGGAAGGGUCCAUCUGAAGAGAAGAGGGGAGCCAGCGUCUGGAGUGCUGAGAAUCCAUUGUGAAAAUCCAUACAGUUUCUUUAUUAAUUGCCAUUUAUUAUGAAUUGCACAGUACAGCAAUUAAAAACUAAACUAAAUUUAAUAAGCAUGUUGCCAAAUUUCAAGUGUUUCAAGCAACUUUGAGGUAAAUUUAUAUGAAACAGACUAUAUUUGCAAUUAUUGCAUUUUUCCAUGAAUACUGACUCUUUAUUAUCUUUAAUGCCAGUUUGAGUUUAAAGUUUGUUUAGAGAUAAAUGAUUUCACUAAUACAUACCUUCUUACUGAGUUUAUACAACAGUAACUUUAUGAUAGUUAUAUUAUUUAGUUCUAGAUAUUUAAAGAUAUUCAGCCAAAAAUGUCUUUUAACAUAGGAUACAGAAUGCCACUUUAAUAAAGGUAAUUAAUAUCUGUCCAUGAUUGGGUCAGAUUUGAGGUCUUGUCAGCUUUUCAUUUUGUACUUAUGGUUGAAAAAUGUAAUGAUGCACAGUUUCCAUUUGACUUGUGCUUCACAGUGAAUCUAUCCCUAUUCAUUGGCCUCAACAAGAACCUGCCUCAAUGACAAAGAAAAAAGAAAAAGAAAAAAGACAAAAUAUUCAGUAAAUUGUACAUUAUAAAGAAAAAACUGCCAAAUUAGCAACAUGUAGUCUAUUAAAAACCUGUAAAUGUCCAUAAUUCUCUAUACUAUGAUAUCAAAACCAGUCUUAAUAUGUAGUUAUGCAACGUCAUGAGAUUUCAUAUGUGUUAUUUAUAGAGAUGAAUGCUCAUAAUUGACUUCAUGGACAUGACCACCCAUUGCUGAGGUUUGAGCAGGUCUGAAAUGAAAGGGAUCGGACUGUCGUCUGAAGGAUUGAAAAGGGAGGGGGAUUAAACUACAAUGUCAUUAAAAUAGGCUGAUCUCCUGUGGAUCUUGGCUCUCGUAAGACAAGCGUUUAAUCCCGAACAUUAAAAGCAAACAUUUAGGCUUAGUUUAUGAUGGAUAAAUCCUCUUGCUUUUACAUAACAGUCAUGUAAGCAGGACCUACCGUAUGCAUACGGCAGACAUGCUGUCAUAUCAUGACAAAUGUAUUAAUUUAUCUGAUAGGAGAGAUUAUUUGUGCUGCAAUAUGCUUUCCUGCACUCCCAGGACAUUAAACAGUUUUCUGGGAACUAUUUUGCCUUGUAUUUUGACAAUAUGGCACCUCUUGACAUUUUAAGCUUUGUGUCUUUUUUUGUGUGAAAUUUGGUUAAUGCGGAAUUUAAGAUAAGAAGCUAAAUACAGUGUUUUGAGAGAUGGAGAUUAAGUAUGAAUCUCCAAUCACACAGUAAAUUCAUGCCACCUCUGUCAAGUCAUGAAACAGAUGUGUUCACCUUGACAUCUUUUUGGCCCCAUUUGAUCACAGAAAUUGAAUUUUAACAAUGAAUUGUCCUAAAUGCCAUCCUCAUUUCUAACAGUCCUCCUCCAAGUUUACGUUUGGGUGAUAUUCACAAAAACACCAGGUAGAAGUCUACUGUGAAGUAUGGCCUCGGGGGGCAAACUGAUGGUAUAUACUAGCUUUGUGGACACCCUGAGUAAUAACAUGAUUUGGAACCUAUUUGGGGGCAAAAAAAUUACUGUCAGUCUGGGAAGAGGUAGCUAAUCCAAAAAUACCUUCUGCAGACUUCAGUUCAAACCCUGUUCAGACAUACCUGCCUGUUAUUUUCAAGUAAUCCCAAACCUCAAGUAAUCCCAAACCUUGAUUAUCUGGUUUAGGUGUGUUUGAUUGGCACUGUAGUUAAACUCUGCAGGAUGGUAGACCUCCAGUAGCAACACCUCCAGCCUAACCAAUCAAGUUGACGGCGUGGGAGGUCGGCAAACUGACAAGGAUGCUAAAGACCACAGCCUCUAAUGCGCUUAUUGAGGGGAUGAAGGGAUGAGGUUUACCUGCACAGCUCUUACCAGCUGGUCUUUGUUAAAGGGUUGGCUACCCCAGUAGUAGGGUAUCCUGUUUAGAGAACACUCUUUCAUGGCAGUCCAUGAAAGUGUUUUGCAGAUUUUAGUAUCAAUCAGAAUUUAACUUCCUGUUGUCUUAAUACUUUGAUUUACUUGCCUGGAUGGGGUUAGAGCUAAGCUCUGGCCUUCUAGGGUUCGAGUUGUUCAGAAUGGUGUUUUUGAGAAUUCCACUCUUCUGUACUGCAGAGUGGUCAAAAUGAUCUGUAAACUUGUUUAGCUAUCAGCGCAACUGAUAUGAUUGCAAGGGUUCCAUUUGGGAAAGGGUGAGAACAGCGUAUUGUAAUCUCACCUGGAGUCAGAUUGGUAAAUCAGGUUGAAGACUUUUAGCCAAUGAACCACAGUCUGGUACUGCAACAAGAUGAAGAACUGACCAAAGACCUCAUGACUUCUUUCUGUUUCUUGGGAGGUCAUAUCCCGAAAGAGACAUCAAUAUCCAUAUCCAAUUUAAGUUGAGCAUGUUGAAUAAAAAAUUAACCACUCCUUUGAAAGAGAACACAAGGUGUAGGUCUUUGAUAUGUUUGGGUUAAUGUUUAAAACUGUAUAGUCUCAUAGCAAGAACUAUGAAUUGUCAUUGGACUUGUCCACAACUUGCCUUAGUUCUCUAACGCAGCUUACAGGCCUGUCUGGUGUCCAGUCCAGACUACCACAGCAAACUUCUAGCUCCUCAAAUAGGGAUGACUUUGGAUUAUCCUGCAUGAAGAAAGCCAGCCUGAGCAUGCAACCCUUAA